UUUGCUAAUAGAAUGGUAGACGAAUGGAAGAGACUUGGCAGUCGUGCAUGUGGUGAAUUUCACUGUGAUAGGCACACUAUUAUUAAUAGGUAAGGUAAAUUCAUUAAUAGGAUAAUAGUUUUAUUGUAAAGGUUUUCAUUGAUAAGAUAAGAAAUACAGCUGGAGCUCCUCCCCUGAAGGUGUAAUAAGAGCGACGGUCACUAAAGGGAGUCUCGCUCCCCGGGAGUGUGGCUCACGAUGUGGCUCGCGCCUGCGCCGGGGGUCACUGGUGAGUGUGUUACCAGGCUGCUUAGUGAAGCAAGACAAUGUACGCAACGACACCACAGAUGGCCGUGACGUCCAGGAAGGCAUCAGCCUCAUCAGACCAGUCAUCACUGGUUAUCAAUUCGAGGGCAUCCCAUGGAUCAUCAUCCUCAUCAGACCAGUCAUUACUGGUUAUCAAUUCGAGGGCAUCCCAUGGAUCAUCAUCCUCAUCAGACCAGUCAUCACUGGUUAUCAAUUCGAGGUCAUCCCAUGGAUCAUCAUCCUCAUCAGACCAGUCAUCACUGGUUAUCAAUUCGAGGGCAUCCCAUGGAUCAUCAUCCUCAUCAGACCAGUCAUUACUGGUUAUCAAUUCGAGGUCAUCCCAUGGAUCAUCAUCCUCAUCAGACCAGUCAUUACUGGUUAUCAAUUCGAGGGCAUCCCAUGGAUCAUCAUCCUCAUCAGACCAGUCAUUACUGGUUAUCAAUUCGAGGGCAUCCCAUGGAUCCUCAUCCUCAUCAGACCAGUCAUCACUGGUUAUCAAUUCGAGGGCAUCCCAUGGAUCAUCAGCUUCAUCGGUGAUGGCGGCCACCGAUUCGGCGGGUGCCCAAGGAUCAUCACCCUCAUCAGACGAGUCAUCACGGGUCGUCACUUCAAGGAGUGCCAAUGGAACAUCACCCUCAUCAGACGAGUCAUCACGGGUCAUUGCUUCAAAGGCUGGCCACGGAUCAUCACCCUCAUCAGACGAGUCAUCACGGGUCGUCACUUCAAGGAGUGCCAAUGGAACAUCACCCUCAUCAGACGAGUCAUCACGGAUCAUUGCUUCAAAGGCUGGCCAUGGAUCAUCACCCUCAUCAGACGAGUCAUCACGGGUCAUUGCUUCAAAGGCUGGCCAUGGAUCAUCACCCUCAUCAGACGAGUCAUCACGGGUCGUCACUUCAAGGAGUGCCAAUGGAACAUCAGCCUCAUCGGUGAUGGCGGUCACCAAUUCGGCGGGUGCCCAUGGAUCAUCAGCCUCCACGGACCAGUCAUCACGGGUCAUUGCUUCAAAGGCUGCCCAUGAAUCAUCAGCCUCAUCGGUGAUGGCGGUCACCAAUUCGGCGGGUGCCCAUGGAUCAUCAGCCUCCACGGACCAGUCAUCACGGGUCAUUGCUUCAAAGGCUGCCCAUGAAUCAUCAGCCUCAUCGGUGAUGGCGGUCACCAAUUCGGCGGGUGCCCAUGGAUCAUCAGCCUCCACGGACCAGUCAUCACGGGUCAUUGCUUCAAAGGCUGCCCAUGAAUCAUCAGCCUCGACCAUAGCAACAGAGGUCACCAAGUCUAGGGCUGCCCAUGAAUCAUCAGCCUCCACGGACCAGUCAUCACGGGUCAUUGCUUCAAAGGCUGCCCAUGAAUCAUCAGCCUCGACCAUAGCAACAGAGGUCACCAAGUCUGGGGCUGCCCAUGAAUCAUCAGCCUCCACGGACCAGUCAUCACGGGUCAUUGCUUCAAAGGCUGCCCAUGAAUCAUCAGUCUCGACCAUAGCAACAGAGGUCACCAAGUCUGGGGCUGCCCAUGAAUCAUCAGCCUCCACGGACCAGUCAUCAUGGGUCGUCACUUCAAAGGCUGCCCAUGCAUCAGCCUCAUCGGUCCUGGCCACCCCGUCAGUGGCCGCACGCGGUGCAGGGCUCACCGCCCGGACGGGCUCGCCACACCGCCUCCCGUUGCACCGGAGGCUGGUGAAGGCGGGCCCGUCGUCACAGAAGAGCGAGAAGUGGAGGCCGCUGAUGUUGUCCAGCAGCCAGGCCAGCGGCAUGGAAGAGGUGAAGACUGGCUUCCUAAGCGAGGCGAAUUGCACCCUGACGGCCGCGUUGCCGUCUUUCUUGCACAGCUUCGCCAAGGGCACACGCAGUUCACCCUCGGCGUGGCAGCCUUGAAUCCCUGCGACGCAAGACCAGCCUUCCACGGGGAGCUUGACGGAGGCGACCGUACGCCUCCUCUUCAGGCAGCAGGUGGAGUCCUUGCACGAGAGCUUGAUGGAGUCCACCAGGGAGGAGCCUCGCUCCAAGGUUACCCACACGUUAAAUUUCUGUCGAGUUGCAGAGUUUCCCAUCGUUGU